AUGCCUAAUUCAUCUGAUGAUAGUGAUCAAAGCGGACCAUCAACUCCAAAAAAAGCAAAAAAGAUACAUUAUAAACAAAAAUUCAGAGACGAGUGGUUAAAAGACAAUAGUUUCAAAACUUGGCUGAAACGUGACCCAAAAGACCCGUAUCGUGCAGUUUGUGUUAUGUAUGAUGCAAAAUUGAUAGCUGACAGAGUAGUGAUAAAAAGACAUGGUGAUGGUGUUAAGCAUGUAAAAAGAACUACAGCAGCGCCAGCUCAAUCUUCGAUUGCUACUGCAUUUGAAAAGGUUAAGCAGUCCGAUGACGAUAAAUGCAAAGCAUCUGAGAUAAAGUUGGCCGCUUUUAUGGCAGAGCAUAAAAUAUCCAUGAGGGUGAUGGGCCACUUAGUUGAUUUAUUGCCCACUAUGUUUCCUGACUCUCAGAUUGCAAAAAAUAUGAAAAUGAAGAGAACAAAAUGUCAAGCAAUAAUAAACAAUAUUCUAGGAGAAUCGGAAAAACAAGAUUUGUGUGCAGAUCUAAAGGAGCAAAAAUUAUCUGUCAUGAUUGAUGAAAGCACUGAUAUCGGAGCAGUAAAAACUAUGUGUGUUGUGGUCAGAUAUUACUGUGCACUAAAAGGUCAAAUUGUUAGCAGAUUUUGGGACCUAAUUCAAAUACAUGGCCAGGAAAACUCUGCUCCGGUAGCUACCGCCACAGCACAACAUCUUUUCGAAGCAGUAGUAAAAUCCUUCGAGGAAGCUUCUAUUCCUAUUGAAAAUAUUAUAGGAUUUGGAUCAGACGGGUGUAAUACUAUGAUGGGGUGUUUGUGA